UGUUAGGUAAAGUCCUUAUUGUAGGUGCUUCCUGUCCUGUACCCAGGAAAUGUGCCAUGUACCCUUACAUGGUACUCAUUAGGUGGGUCUCCUCUUAAAUCCUGAUGGCUAGCCCAGGCCUGGCCCUGGGUGGGGGUGAGAAAAGUGACUUCUGCUCAGACCAAGUAACUGCUUCCUGGGAGAAAGGGAACUGGUCAAGUGGGCUGUUGCUCUAGGCCCCCUGGUCCCUGCUCAUGCCCACAUGUGCUUGUGCCACACAUGUGGGCAGGAGGGGCCAUCCCAACCACUCUGCCCUUCUACAGACUGAGGACUGGCAAGAGGUGGCUGAGUGAGGGUGCCCUGUGGCAGCAGAGGCCCCUUCCCUCAGAUGCUGGCAGGAUAGGAGCAUUGGGAGAGGUCAGGGUCCCUGUUCCCCCUGUUCCCUUGGUGGGAAGCAGGGAGCUGCCUCAUGGAUGGGUGUGGGCGUCCAGCAGCCCCAUGCCUGAUGGCAAGUCCAGGCACCAAGCAACCCCGUAGGUCUGGGUAUCCAACAGGAAGGUCGAAGCACUGCCAGUGUGCAGCACAGCUGAGUGCUGCAGGUGCAGAGUUCAUAGGACGCUCCUCUCCUCGGGUUAACGUGUAACCACAAACCCUCCCCUACAUACCCUGAAGCCACCAGCUCCAAGAUAGGCUACCUGGGGUGUCACAGGCCAACAUGGACGCUGCCAAAGAGGGGCUGCCUCCCAAGACCGGCUUCCUAGUCCAAUCCCCAAAACUCUGCAGGUGGCUAUGUCCCUUCGUCCUCACCUGCUCCAUCUACUUCCUCCUCUGGAUUCCCGAGGACCAGCCGUCCUGGUUCAGCGCCCUGAUCAAGUGCUUGCCCGUGCUCUGCCUGGCUGUGUUCCUGUUGGCCUUGCCCUUAAGUGGAGGUUAUGCCCAGCUCCUCCAGGGAGCCCUCGUGUUCUCAGCCGUGGGGGAUGCCUGCUUAAUCUGGCCUGAGGCCUUCCUCCAUGGCAUGGCUGCCUUUGCUGUGGCCCACCUUCUCUACUCCUGGGCCUUUGGCCUCUGCCCACUGCGGCCAGGCCUGCUGCUACUCAUCGUUCUGGCCUCUGUCCUGUACCAAAGCCUGCUGCUGCCGUACCUCCGGUCUGACAUGGUCCUGCCCUUAAUGGCCUAUGUACUGGUCCUGACUGUCAUGCUGUGGCGUGGCCUGGCCUGCGGUGGCAGUGCUGGUUGGGGUGCCCUGCUUUUUACUUUCUCUGACAGCAUACUGGCCUGGGACAUGUUCGCCCAGCCCCUGCCCCAGGCCCGCCUGGUGACCAUGAGCACCUACUACACAGCCCAGCUCCUCAUUGCUCUGUCAGCUCUCAGGACCCAAGGGCUCAAGAUGGACUGAGUCAGGAGCCAGGUGGGCUGGUGUCCAUGGCCUCCCACAUUGCCCCUCCCUAAGAGACACCUUGGCGGCAAAGCUUCCUAACUUGUCUGUGGCUGGCGGGCUCCAGACAUUUGGGGACGCUUGUGGAAUUCCACAUUCAGCACAGGGUUCCAGCUGCCCUCCCUUGGUUCUGAUUCUAGAUUCCAGGCUCCCCAGCGGACCCACACCCAGACUCUCCCCUGUUCGCUGUCGUUCCCCAAGAUCUCCCAGUCCCAUCCUCAUUACUAAGGAUUUAAUUUUUUGUUGCCUAAGUAAAGUAGGUGUGGACAUGUC